GUCACUGACUAUACGGCCUAUGCCAAUGCAAUUCCGGAAUCGAACCCGCUCAUCAAUCCGGACAUUUUGAAAAAUGUGGCGGUCUAUCCCGACGAGAAUGUGAAGAAGCGCAUAUGGCUGCCGAAGGCCAAACCAGAAGCAGGAGUAACCAAAAUGAUCAAGCUUACAAGGCGUACGGCGCUCUCACUCAUGGGCGGGGCUUUGGCCAUGCCUUAUGUCAGCCGGGCACAUGCGGCAGGCUCGGUGAACAUCUAUAACUGGGCCGACUAUAUCGGCGAGACCACCAUUGAGGAUUUCCAGAAGGAAACCGGGAUUACCGCCGUUUACGACACCUAUUCGUCCGCAGAAGAAAUGCAGGCGAAAAUGCUGGCCGGCUCCACCGGCUAUGAUGUUGUUGAUCAGGCAGGCAUUGAACUGCCGCGUUUUAUCAAGGCCAACGUCUACGACAAACUGGACAAAACCAAACUACCCGGCUGGGCCAAUCUUGAUCUGGAAGUUCUGCGCAUCCUGUCGGGUUGGGAUCCGGCCAAUGAGUAUGGCAUCCCCUAUAUGUGGGGCUCGGUCGGCUUCACUUUCAAUGUGGACAUGGUGAAGGAGCGCAUACCGGACGCCGACAUGUCCUCGCUGGAUUUGAUCUUCAAACCUGAAAACGCCGCCAAGCUCGCCGACUGCGGCAUUUCCAUUCUCGACAGCCCGACCGACACAAUGCCAAUCUUGCUCAAAUAUCCGGGCAAAGAC